UCAACCGUCGGCUCUGGCUGUGUUGAUGCGGCAGUGGUGCCGCAGCCGUCUGGACUGGGGAUAUUUGGGAGGCAUGGCACGGUUCGCCCACGCGCUUGCUUUGGCGUGCUUUCUUCGUCAGUGUGGGGCUUUCAAUCCUGUGGGGGCACCCCCAAGCCCUGCCUUCUCCUCUUCUUUCCGACAGCCGUCGAGUUUGGCGACGUGUUGCGGUCGCGUCGCGUCCGCCACAUCCCCGAGUCGGUUUGUCCCUUCGGGAAGCCUUGCUUGCCCCACCCCGCCGCAGGCGGCGCGUCUUCACAGCAGUAACAACCCCGGCGAUGCGUGUCGACCAGAAGGCCACCGGAAUCGACGGCAACGGUGUCAGCGCGAUGGCACGGAGUGGCGUUUGCGUCGAAGACCUUGGUCGACAUCGUUGUCCGCGGUUAGGGAGGGAACAAGUAGCAGCAGUGGUGCCCCAUCAUCGGGGCAAGACCAAUUAGAAGGAGAGGAGGCUGGGUGGGGGUUACCAGCAUCUGGAGAAUCGGAACCAGGCGGCUCCCGGGAAACCAAAAACAGGGGAAGGGGAAAAGAGGGUGGCAAGUCGGUGCUCGAGAAGGCGGGGAACGCGUUGAAGGCCGCCUUCAACGCCUUCAUGGCGGCGAGCACGCUCGCGUCCCUCGCGCUGGCGGCGGAGGCCGUCUGGCAGCUGCACGGCGCGCCGCUCACGCUGUCGAACGCCGUCCCGACGCUGACAAAGCUUCUCCCCCUCACCGGCAUAGGCGUGUUCGGGGCGGCGCAGCUCGUGGGCCUGGUGGCGAGGGUCGUGAGGGUCAUCGUGACGCUGCCAGUCAUGGUCAGCGGCACGUGGGUUAUCCUGCAGAAUGCUCCAAAGCUAUUUCCGAAAGGGUUAGACUUGACGGGAGCGGGAUCUCUCGCAGCCCUGCUGGCGACUCCGGAGGUGCUGGAGGCCGCCGCUGUCAUCGCGCUCUUGGGGGGCACCGCGAUAUGGGCGCUGAACUUCGCUACCGGGGCGGUGGGGGCGUUGAUGCCGGGUCAGAGCAAAUCCUCGCGGGAGGAGGAAGAGGAAGACGGCGUGAUCUAAAAUUGAUUGAUUGUUACCUUUUCGUAGUGUGUUUUGUCGUCGCCACGUACAUAGAACUGGCUGGCCAUGCUGUACUCUUCGCAUCGUACACCGAAGUGAUGAGAGUGGUUGUUACUUUCUCUGCAGUGCAAGUCGAUUAAAUAACAAGAGGGCACUAGGGGUUACCGCUGUACCCACAUGUCGCAUGCAUGUGUGCUGGUUGAUGGGCUCCAGGCCUGAGUCGGCACAGUUUGCGUUUGGCGACUUGAAAGACCAGUCGACAACCUCAUGCCGUGUUUUUCUUGAAUGUGUGCACCAAGCCUGAGCCCGGCUGCAAUAUCAUGAGACCAGCGGUAUAGUUCGCGUUUGUGUUGAUCAGAGGCGACGUUCCUCGUCUGCGGGUCUGCAUUCGUACAGUAGCUUAACCGAACGUUUUGGGGGGUGGAAUGUGCCGCAUAGCCAAGGCCAGUCCAGUUGCUCCAAACCCCCCCUACUGUGUAAGACUUCGUGAUUCUCGUCGAUGCUAGAAGGGGAAAUGACACAUGUCGUUGUUCUUCGUAAGAAGGAAUUCCAACCGUAUAGGCAACCCAUAUCUAGCGCUAUUUUUUCAGACGCCCGCUCUGAUUAUUGUAUCACUCUGGAUUUUGCACGUACACCAGCUUCCGCUUAGGCGGUGACUCAUCUUGUCGGUACUGUGGCCCGAUAUAGUGGCGUGGAGGGGCAUGAGGAGAAUAUGCCACCUUUCAGGGCAGUGCCACUAUUCGAUCUAGUGGCAAUAUCGCCACUAUUGACCCGUGAAUAGUGGCGCUAUUGCCAUGAUCUCGGAGAAUAAGCUUUGAUGUGCACGCUACCGUCAUCUAGCUGUGCCUUUGUCUAUACUCGUAGCGUUGUAUAGCCUACAUAUGAUGUCUAUGGUGAUCUUCGUGGUUGAGCAGUUGGGAGCAGCAGAGUAUCCACAUGACAACGCCGAUCUCGCCCAUCAUAUCUGAAU